UUGGAAGCAAAUGACAUCACAGCAGGUCAGAGAAAAAGGGGUGAGCCUCAGGCGCUAGAGGAGUAGGGCGUUUGGCAUCAGGAACAGAAGCCCAGCCUGCCUUCAGGGACCGGAGAGACCAUGCAGAAGUCGCCUCUAGAAAAGGCCAGCGUCAUCUCCAAACUUUUUUUCAGCUGGACAAGACCAAUUCUGAAGAAAGGGUACAGAAAGCGCCUGGAAGUAUCUGAUAUAUACCAAGUCCCUUCUGCUGAUUCUGCUGACAAUCUAUCUGAAGAGUUGGAAAGAGAAUGGGAUAGAGAGCUGGCUUCAAAGAAAAAUCCAAAACUUAUUAAUGCCCUCCGGCGAUGCUUUCUCUGGAGAUUUAUAUUCUAUGGAAUUCUACUAUAUUUAGGGGAAGUCACCAAAGCAGUACAGCCUCUCUUACUGGGAAGAAUCAUAGCUUCCUAUGAUCCAGAUAACAAGGAGGAACGCUCCAUCGCCAUUUACCUGGCCAUCGGUUUAUGCCUGCUGUUCAUCGUGAGGACCCUGCUCCUACACCCAGCCAUUUUUGGCCUUCAACACAUUGGAAUGCAGAUGAGAAUAGCUAUGUUUAGUUUGAUUUAUAAGAAGACUUUAAAGUUGUCAAGCCGUGUUCUAGAUAAAAUAAGCAUUGGACAACUUGUUAGUCUCCUUUCCAACAACCUGAAUAAAUUUGAUGAGGGUCUUGCACUGGCACAUUUCGUGUGGAUUGCUCCUUUACAAGUGACUCUCCUGAUGGGGCUGCUCUGGGACUUGUUACAGGCGUCUGCCUUCUGUGGCCUUGCUGUGCUGAUAGUCCUUGCCCUUUUUCAAGCAUGGUUAGGAAAAAUGAUGAUGAAGUACAGAGAUCAGAGAGCUGGAAAGAUCAAUGAAAGACUUGUGAUUACUUCAGAAAUGAUUGAAAAUAUCCAGUCUGUUAAAGCAUACUGCUGGGAGGAAGCAAUGGAAAAAAUGAUUGAAAACCUAAGACAAACAGAACUGAAACUGACCCGGAAAGCAGCCUACAUGAGAUACUUCAAUAGCGCAGCCUUCUUUUUCUCAGGGUUCUUCGUAGUAUUUUUAUCUGUUCUUCCCUAUGCAUUCCUCCAAGGGAUCAUACUUCGAAAAAUAUUUACAACUAUCUCAUUUUGUAUUGUUCUGCGCAUGGCAAUCACACGGCAAUUCCCCGGGGCUGUACAAACAUGGUAUGACUCUCUUGGAGCAAUAAAUAAGAUACAGGAUUUCUUACAAAAGCAAGAAUAUAAGACAUUGGAAUAUAACCUAACAACUACCGAAGUAGUAAUGGAGAAUGUAACAGCUUUCUGGGAAGAGCAGGGAUUUGGGGAAUUAUUGGAGAAAGCAAAACUGAACAAUAACAAUAGAAAGAUUUCCAAUGGUGAUAACAAGCUCUUCUUCAGUAACUUCUCCCUUCUUGGUAGCCCUGUCUUAAAAGAUAUCAACUUCAAGAUAGAAAAAGGACAAUUACUGGCUGUGGCUGGAUCUACUGGAGCAGGCAAGACUUCACUUUUAAUGAUGAUUCUGGGAGAACUGGAGCCUUCAGAAGGUAAAAUCAAACACAGUGGGAGAGUUUCAUUCUGCUCUCAGUUUUCCUGGAUCAUGCCUGGCACCAUCAAAGAAAACAUCAUCUUUGGUGUUUCCUACGAUGAGUACAGAUAUAGGAGUGUUAUCAAAGCAUGCCAACUGGAAGAGGACAUCUCCAAGUUUGCAGAGAAAGACAAUAUAGUACUUGGAGAAGGUGGAAUCACCCUGAGUGGAGGUCAGCGUGCAAGAAUUUCUUUAGCCAGAGCAGUAUACAAAGAUGCUGAUUUGUAUCUAUUAGACUCUCCUUUUGGAUACCUAGAUGUUUUAACAGAAAAACAAAUAUUUGAAAGCUGUGUCUGCAAAUUGAUGGCUAACAAAACUAGGAUUUUGGUCACUUCUAAAAUGGAACAUUUAAAGAAAGCUGACAAAAUAUUAAUUUUACAUGAAGGUAGCAGCUAUUUUUAUGGUACAUUUUCUGAGCUACAAAAUCUACGGCCAGAUUUUAGUUCAAAGCUCAUGGGAUAUGAUUCUUUUGACCAGUUUAGUGCAGAAAGAAGGAAUUCAAUCUUAACUGAGACUUUACGUCGUUUCUCCUUAGAAGGAGAUCCCUCUGUUUCCUUCAAUGAAACAAAAAAACAAUCUUUUAAACAGACUGGAGAGUUUGGGGAAAAAAGGAAAAACUCAAUUCUCAAUUCAAUCAACUCUAUAAGAAAAUUUUCUAUUGUACCAAAAACUCCUUUGCAAAUAAGUGGCAUUGAAGAGGAUUCUGAUGACCCUGUGGAGAGAAGACUGUCCCUAGUUCCAGAUUCUGAGCAGUCAGAUGGGCUCCUGCUUCGCAGCAACGUGAUCCACACUGGACCCACUUUCCAGGGCAGUAGGAGACAGUCGGUGUUGAACCUGAUAACACACUCAGUUAACCAAGGGCAGAGCUUUCGCCGGACGACAACAGCACCCUCAAGAAAAAUGUCAUUGGCCCCACAGGCCAGCUUAACAGAAAUGGAUAUAUAUUCAAGACGGUUGUCUCAAGACAGUAGCUUGGAAAUCAAUGAGGAAAUUAACGAAGAAGAUUUGAAGGAAUGCUUUUUUGAUGAUGUAGAGAACAUACCAACAGUAACCACUUGGAACACAUACCUUCGCUACAUUACUGUCCAUAAGAGCUUGAUUUUGGUGCUUAUUUGGUGCUUAAUUAUUUUUCUGGCUGAGGUGGCUGCUUCUUUAGUUGUCUUGUGGUUACUUAAAAACAACACUCCUCAACAGGAAAUGAAUAGUACUCAAAGUGGAAAUAGAAGCUAUCCUGUGAUUAUCACCAACACCAGCUUCUAUUAUAUUUUUUACAUUUAUGUGGGAGUAGCUGACACUUUACUUGCUCUGGGAUUGUUCAGAGGUUUGCCACUAGUGCACACACUAAUCACAGUGUCAAAAAUUUUACAUCACAAAAUGCUACGCUCUGUUCUUCAAGCCCCCAUGUCAACGCUCAACGCUUUGAAAGCAGGUGGAAUUCUUAAUAGAUUCUCCAAAGAUAUAGCAAUUCUAGAUGAUCUUCUGCCUCUUACCAUAUUUGACUUCAUCCAGUUGCUGUUAAUUGUGAUUGGAGCUAUAGCAGUCGUCUCAGUUUUACAGCCUUACAUCUUCCUGGCAACCGUACCAGUGAUAGCAGCUUUUAUUAUGUUGAGAGCUUACUUCCUCCACACUUCACAGCAACUCAAACAACUGGAGUCUGAAGGCAGGAGUCCAAUUUUCACGCACCUUGUCACGAGCUUAAAAGGACUAUGGACACUUCGUGCCUUUGGACGGCAACCUUACUUUGAAACCCUGUUCCACAAAGCUCUGAAUUUGCAUACUGCCAACUGGUUCUUGUAUCUGUCAACACUGCGCUGGUUUCAAAUGAGAAUAGAAAUGAUUUUUGUCAUCUUCUUCAUUGCUGUUACCUUCAUUUCCAUUUUAACAACAGGUGAAGGACAAGGAUCAGUGGGUAUUAUUCUAACUCUAGCUAUGAACAUCAUGAGCACAUUGCAGUGGGCUGUAAAUUCCAGCAUUGAUGUAGAUAGCUUGAUGCGAUCCGUGAGCCGAGUAUUUAAGUUUAUUGACAUGCCAGAAGAAGGUGCACCUGUCAAGUCUAUCAAGCCAUCCAGGGAUGACCAGCUCUCGAAAGUUAUGAUCAUUGAGAAUCAACAUGUGAAGAAAGAUGACAUCUGGCCCUCCGGGGGUCAAAUGAUUGUCAAAGACCUCACAGCAAAAUAUGUAGAUGGUGGCAUUGCCAUAUUGGAGAACAUUUCCUUCUCAAUAAGUCCUGGCCAGAGGGUGGGCCUCUUGGGAAGAACUGGAUCGGGGAAGAGUACUUUGUUAUCAGCUUUUUUGAGACUGCUGAACACUGAAGGUGAAAUCCAGAUUGAUGGUGUGUCUUGGGAUUCAACACCUUUGCAACAGUGGCGGAAAGCUUUUGGAGUGAUACCACAGAAAGUAUUUAUCUUUUCUGGAACUUUUAGAAAAAAUUUGGAUCCCUUUGGACAAUGGAGUGAUCAAGAAAUAUGGAAAGUUGCAGAUGAGGUUGGACUCAGAUCUGUGAUAGAACAGUUUCCUGGGAAGCUUGAUUUUGUCCUUGUGGAUGGAGGUUAUGUACUAAGCCAUGGUCACAAGCAGUUGAUGUGCUUGGCCAGAUCUGUUCUCAGCAAGGCAAAGAUCUUACUGCUUGACGAACCCAGUGCUCACUUGGAUCCCAUUACAUAUCAAAUAAUUCGAAGAACUAUAAAACAAGCAUUUGCUGAUUGCACAGUAAUCCUCUGUGAACACAGGAUAGAAGCAAUGUUGGAAUGUCAGCGAUUUUUGGUCAUAGAAGAGAACAAAGUACGACAGUAUGAUUCCAUCCAGAAAUUGCUGAGUGAGAAGAGCCUCUUCCGCCAGGCCAUCAGCUCAUCAGACAGGCUGAAGCUCUUCCCCCAUCGCAACUCCAGCAAGCACAAGUCACGGUCUCAAAUCACUGCUCUGAAGGAGGAGACAGAAGAAGAAGUACAAGAAACAAGACUUUAAACCAGUGCAAAUGUUUGCUUGGGACAUUUGUUUAUGGAGAUGGAGAAAAAAUCAGCUGCUUCAGAAAACAAGGAUGGAUGAUGCUUUUUUUUUUU